AACAUUUGAGCUCUUUUAACUGUUUGCUAUCUUCACUACUCCUGCAACUCAUAAGAGAGAGAGAGAGAGAGAGAGAGAGAGAUACAAGUGAGUCAGUGAGACACAGAAAAGGAAGGGAGUCGUUUCAUUCUUGAUGGGUAAUCACAGGUUCAAAUUGUCAGAUAUGAUACCAAAUGCCUGGUUUUACAAGCUCAAAGACAUGAGCAAAACCAAAAACCACAACCAAACCUCUCAUCAGCAUCAUCAUCACUCUACCAAGAAAAAACCAACCUCAACUUCUACACCACCCCAACAAAAACCCCACCUUUCUCAAACCAGAAGAUACUCCUACUACUUCACAACAGAACCCAACAGAGCUGACAAGUUCUAUAAUUCACCUGUGAACCCCAAAGCCUCAGACACACAUUUUCCUGAACACCCCAGAAGAUUAUCAACCAGAAGAGCCAAAAGAAAAGCUGUUUACAAGCCUUCUCCUAACAAGCAUGUCUCAACAACAUCCUCUGUCUCAUCACCAGCCUAUUGUAAUUGUCAUGCCACAAUUGAUUCAGUUUGGACUGAUCUUGAGACCAACACAAUUCAAUCUCCAGAUUACUUUGGCUCUUCUAGUGAAAGUUCCAGUGAGCCUGAAUUUCAUGAAUUGAUCCCAUCUGAAUAUGAAUGUCGCCAAUUUGGUGGUCCUGACCCAUUGGAUGGGCUAGCCCCAUGGUCCAGCUCUUAUAAUUGCAGAGUUAGUUCUUCAACUUCUGAUACCAUCAUUGACAUGAAAGAUGGAGCCUCUACGAAGAAAAUUCACGAUGAGAAGCUUGAUGGCUUUGACAUGAUCUCAGAGCUAGAGCUUCCUCCAAUUUUGACAAAGCCAAUGAAAUUUGAUGAUCAUCAUAAGUCCACUGAGGCAACCAAGUUCAAAAGAAGUUCAUCUAAAUUGAAGGAGAUAAAAGGGCAGAGGUCUCUCACUGUCAAGAUUGUCAAGGAGGAAAGCAUAAGAACACAAAAGGGUAGCCAAAGAAAAGCCAACCGGAAUUCAGUUCGAAAGUCCUCUGCCAACUCAACAACAGGUAUAAGACUUAGAGGCAAUUCUCCAAGACUUAAAUCAUCACCAUCACCAUCCUCAUGCUUGAAGUCGAAGAAUAGACGCCUUUCGGAGAGCUUUGCAGUUGUUAAGUCCUCAGUUGAUCCGCAGAAAGACUUCAGAGACUCGAUGGUGGAGAUGAUUGUGGAGAACAACAUCAGGGAAUCUAAAGAUUUGGAAGACCUUCUUGCUUGUUAUCUCUCACUCAACUCAAACGAAUAUCAUGAUCUCAUUGUCAAGGCCUUUGAGCAAAUCUGGUUUGAUAUGGCUGACAUCAAAAUGUAACAUUCUUAGAUUGUUAAAUGUCAAUGCAGAUAUAAAUAUUUUUAAGUUAUGAUGACCACUUUAUUUUCAGUUCUGAAUUCUGGGUUUCCAAGA